GCAGCAGGAAGCCGCACCUACGGCAACCUUCGCACCCCAGAUGAUACCGCAAGCUACGUCGGCGCCCGAGGCUCCGGCGAUGACCGACUCGUCGUCAGGCUCCGGGACUCAGGAACAGCCCCAGGCCCAGGAGACGGCUCCCACUGCGGCCCCCGCGCCGACUCAGGCUCCGCCUCCAGCGGCGGUUAGCGCUAAGGACCACGCAGUGGUGGUUACCGAGGCCGAACCGGCCAGUAUUGGCAUGUGGAGUGAAGGCUGUUCGGCAGAAAUCCACAGCAUGGGCUGCACCGACUUUGUUUCCGACUUCCUGACCUGGCUGGAUGACCGGACCGCCGAGAUAGUCCCCCUGUCCGGCGUGGAAAGCUGGGAACAGAUUGAUCUGGACCGUUGGCAGUUCAAUUUGCGUGAUGGCGUCAAGUUUCACAACGGUGCGCCGUGGAACGCCGCCGCCGCCAAGUACGGCAUUGAAUACAACGCAUUCCCGGCCAACCCCAGCGCCUCCAUUUCCUGGACGGGACCGGAUAUGACCGGUGAAGUGAUCAAUGACUUGACCUUCCACGCGGUCUGCCCCAACCCAUGCCCCAUCUACCCGCGUACCGCCCUUUUCUCUGACUUCCAGGACCCUGAGUGGUUCGAGAAUGCCACUGAAGAGGAAAAAGCACUGAAUAGCAUCGGGUUUGGACCCUACAAGAUUAUCGGAUACACCCCGGGAGUCAGUACCGAGUUCGAAAUCUACGAGGACUACCUGCCUAACGAAAACUGGUUCGCGCAAGCCCCAACUAUUCAAUACUUAACCCACACCUACCGGGCUGAAGCUCCGGUGCGUUCGGCAAUGAUCCAGGCUGGUGAGGCCAACUGGGCUGCCGACAUUGGUUUCGAGGAAGUGGAUAACGUGGUGAAUUCUGGCGGCAAGACCGUCAGCGGAAAGACCGCCGAGGUCUAUACCUUGGUGUUCGACACGGUCUUCCACGAAGAACUGGCCAAGCAGAAAGUCCGCUUGGCGCUAACCCAUGCCAUAGACUGCCAGACCAUGCUGGACUCCUUCUUCGGCGGUCGAAUUCCGUGCCACAACGCCAUAUCCAUGAAGGGUACGGUGGGUAUUACCGACGAGAACUCCAAGUGGCGGGAAUACAAUCCGGAGCUGGCACGGCAACUGUUGGCAGAGGCCGGAUACGACCCCGAAAAUGAGAUCAACAUCAAUACCCGGCCCGGCUCCAACAUCCGUGGCCUGGAACUCAUGGAGGCUACUAUCCAGUUCUGGCGGGAUGUUGGUGUUGAUGCCAAUCUCAACUCGCACGGCGAUCUGGGUGCGGCCCGCGAAAUCCAGAAUUCCGGUUGCGGACAGUUUACCAACACCGAGAUGUAUGGAGAGGGCUACCGGGCUGCUAUGGACUGCGGCAGCCGGGAGCCGCUGGACCGGCCCACGUGA